UUAAUUCAGCACCGUUUUGGCGCUUCUGUUCAGUUUGGACCAAGCAGGCCGCCGUAGGGGAGAACAGCGUCGCCUUAGCAACAGAAAGGUUUGGCUCAAUGAGUAGCAGCAGGAUUCGUCUAAACUGGUUGAAUUGCUUAUAAAGUAAAGAAGCGUUACAUUUCCGGGUUAAUAACUGAAGCUGCGAUGGCUACAAGCAACCCGACAGUGUUUCUUCUCUCAGUGAACGGACAAAUUGAGGGAGCAAACUUUCCAGAGUAUGACAACUUGUACUGCAAAUAUUGUUUUGUCUACGGACACGACUGGGCUCCCACCUCGGGAUUGGAGGAAGGCAUCACUCAAAUAACCUGUAAAGGCAGUCAGUCACACAGAUUAAUAUGGAACUUCCCACUGGAGACAACGUUCAAGAGCACAAACCCCUCAGGAUGGCCUCAGCUGGUGGUGAGUGUGUACGGUCCAGAUGUGUUUGGCAACGAUGUGGUCAGAGGCUACGGAGCAACACACAUCCCCUUCACAUCUGGCCAACAUACACGAACUAUCCCAAUGUUUGUCCCGGAGCCCACAUGGAGACUUCAGAAAUUCACAAGCUGGUUGUUGGGUCGGCGGCCAGAGUACACAGACCCUAAAGUAGUGGCCCAGGGUGAAGGCAGAGAAGUGACGCGGGUUCGUUCCCAGGGUUUUGUCACCGUCUCCUUCCACAUCAUUACUAAAGACAUGAAGAAGCUGGGGUAUGACACAGGACCAUCAUGCACUGCAAAUACACCGUCUGCCACAUCUGGUUGGUCGACAGAGGAACAACCGUACACCAUGUGAUAACUCAAGAGACAAUUAUUGGACCUUUUAAAGUUUUUUUUGCCCUCAAGGAUGUUUGGUCCCCGCCAAAACAAAAGCACAACACUCAAACUUACUAUAAAAUAACUUGUUUACUUCAAGUUUGUAUGGAAAUCCACAACACUACAAUCCCACUGUCACUUCAGAAACAAAGAGUGCAGCUCUUUUUGUUAUUUUAGUAAAAAGUAUUUUGUAAAUGAGAUUUUAUUAGAUGUAUUGAAAUAUAAGCGGUGUCAGAUAAUGUCCUGAAUUUUUGUUUUACUAUUUUUACUUUUUUAAAUAAAUGGCUCUGAAUUGUUCCUGUUUAAAA